CACUUACACACACUUACACACAAGUCAUCGAGCGAGAGUGCAGGAGAGAGCGCGUGGACGAGACUGCGCCCAUCAGCAGCACACAGACACAGAUAGCGCGCCUGAACAAUGGCACGAGAUUCACAUAUGACUGCCAUGUGAAGACACAGUGCUCCUGUCACUGAAGAUGACGAUGGGGAGGAGAGACGCGCACCCUGUACUCCAUCACUGAUGAGAGAGAGAGAGAGAAAGGCGCGUUCACCUGCAGGCCCGGGAUGCGCGCACACAAGUGCCUCUGAUCAUACGGGAAAUAAUGACUUUAUAUCAUCAGCUGCUGUAAACCUAAAGAAAUAAAGGCUGGUGCGGUCAGAACAGGUGCAGCAUACAAGCAGAACUGCCUCACAUUGAUGGACCAUAAAGAGACCAGAAUCAUCCUGCAGGACUCGACAGAAACCAACGAACUGCACCAGACAGGGUCACAUGAUCUAAACAGUAAUCUGAAGUCAUAUGGUGCCGCAGACGCUGCCUUACACACAUCAUCCACAGCUGCCGCAGUGAGUGUGCAGAAGAGCCAUUCAUACUGCCACAGCAUUACAUUGGCCUUCAAGCACCGCUUAUUACGGCCACUGUCAACACAUUCAGAGGACCACCCAACUGAUGAGUCCUCAAACCACGCCAUAUUCAUCGCACUCUCCACUGCCAAGGGCUUGAGCCCCCUAGGCUUUUCAAAGGACAAACAGCCCAGACUCGCCAUGAUAGAACCCACAAGCAUCCCUGGAUUGACACAGGACUGUCAGAUUCAGCCAAUUCGCACAUGUCUGGGCUGCUUCAUCGAGACCAAGGGCGUGUCGAACAUAGAAUCCAAUAUCAACCUCAAAAUUGCCGACAUGAACCGGGAGUACAAUGCCUGCCCUAUCUCUGAUACUAACAUGCAAUGCAUAAGCACAAACGAGACAGGAAGUUUUGAAGACCAGCUCCUCUCUGAUCAGCUUUUGACCUUUUCUGCCCCUAAGACCCAGCUGGUGGAGAAGAAGGACAUGGAGAAAAUGGAGGGUGACUUAACUGAUCCAGGCCCCAAAAACCUUUAUGAGGGCCUGCUGUUAGACAAGUGCAACGGAGAAGAUGGUCUGCUUACCAAUUCAAAUCAGGACUGGGGCUACUUUGAGUCUUUCAUUAGCGAAAGUAAGAUGGAAUUGCUGGAUCUCUGUUCCAAGAAUGAGCUUUCUGUAAACCUCUUCUCUGAAGAGGAUGUGGACAAUUACAUGUUUGAUGACGAUGAUGAUUCCACUCUGAGCAGUGACGUGUGCUCGCUAAAGAUACGCUACGAGUCCUUUCAGGACAACAUGAGAGAGAAAACAAAUGUCCUGCAAGAAGAGACACAGUUCAACUUUUUCCCAAGUGUCCUGGUAAAUUGCACAAAAAAAGAGGGCGGUGUGGUGAAACGAGCUGUGGAUGAGCUAACAAAUAAACCAGAGGAACUUGGAUUUCAGCCCGAGAGCAAAGGAGAUGGGAAUGAAAGCUCCAUAGAGCAGACAAAUGACUACAGCCCCGAAAUGAACUACUUUAUCGAUUCAAGCUAUUCGCCCGAUGACUCAGGGGAGUAUAGUGAUGACAGCUCUGCCACCAUUUCCUCCUUUGACACCUUUCAAGACAACACGUCUAGAAACUCACGAAAGAACGCAAGUUGCUCCAACCUUCUGAACUAUGGAUUACGGGCCAAGAGAAAAGUUAGGUAUAGCGAUGACUACUUGUAUUACGUCGACUCCAUUGAUGGUGAGAAGACUGUGGAAAAGCGAGAGAAACUACCUAUUGGUCCAAAGGAAGAACUGGAUGAUGACUGGUGUCCUAAAAAGAGACGGAAAUCCUCUCGCAAGGAUCCACCAGUACUAAUCAAAUAUGUAAUUGUAAACAGGUUUAAAGGAGACAAGUGCAUGGCUGUAAAUCUCACCAGAAUUGACUCAACCGACACAACGGUAAGCUUAAAUGAGGACACAGUCAGCAAAUAUGAGAAGCUUGCACCUCUGAAAGAUUUCUGGCAGCAGAAACAGAGAGAAAGAGAGGAACAGCUUAAGCUGGCAGCAGGAGAUAAAGACAAUUCUCACCAUCAUGCCUUCAGUUCCAGUCCCCCCAAAAGGAAACGCAAACUAGCAAAUAGGCUUAGGAUUCAGAGAAUUCAAACUGUGGAGCAAUCACCCAACACGCAGGGCCACUUUGCCUCUGAUCCCAGGCAGGAGGUUGCUUCUACAGAUGAGACUGCCUCCAUAGGAAGGCCAUUAACAAUAGCCACCAGCUGUGCAAGCACAUUAGAUCCAAAUGACAUCACACACACUGCCACCCGGAAGAGUAGAUCACAAGAGAUGGAGGAAAGGAGAAUUGGAAAUAAAAUAUUAAAAAUACAGAAAUUCAAAAGCGAAGCCCAACUUAGGAGCAAGAAAAUGAGGGACCUUGCGGAAACUAGCAUGACAGAUCUGUUGGAAGUUUGCAUGCUGCAGAAAAAUUUGGACACAGUAGGAGGUGCGGAAGAUAGAAAAGUCAGGCCAGCUGCACAUAGUCCCCAUUUGUGUGAUAAUCAAACAGCUAAUAGCACUGAAAAAUUUGCCUUUGUGUCUGCCACCUGCUCCCCUAACAAAGAGGCAUCUUCUGAGAAUGUGGCUGCAAGUGUACCCGUUAUCCCUGGGGGCUACCUACAAACAUUGUUAGAAGCCUCGGAUUCCUCAGUAGGUAGCACUGGUAUCUCUUUCUUUGCUCAGCAGCCCCAUAUUCAACACUCACUGGAUCCCUCUUUGGAAAAGCGGCAGUUCACCUCUGUUCAGCUGGCACAAAGCUGUGUACUUUCUCCACCGUCAGAAUCUGAGCUUCAACAGUCACCCCAGAAUUGUUCGAAUCUUACCCAGAUGUGGCACACCCAGCUUGGUCCCAACCAUCAGUUUACCACUGCAGAUAUUGCAGAAUCUGCCGUACAACCUGACAGUUUCCCUGGAGAGAUGCCCAUGCCAAUGUCUGAGAGUCUGACUGUCUCAGUGUACAGCCAGCUGAGUCUGGAAAGCAACAGAAUGCUUUAUGAAAAGAAUUACAUGCCUGAGCAACCACUGACUCCCGAUGCAGAGUUUCAAGCAUGUCAGGGGCAGCCGCAAUUUCAAAGAGCCACACUACAUACCGACAAUGGCCGUCUCAUCAGUUUCGACUCACUUGGCUCCCUGUCAGCUACUUCUAGCAAUUAUAGCUCUCUGAGUCUUAAGUCCUGUGAAAAAGAUGGUGAGAAUGAUGUGAACGAGAACUUUCUGGCCCACUGCAGUCCCAAACUGGUGAUUCAGCAGAGCAUUGAUGCAAUCACACCCUUGAGGGAGUCCACAGACUUGCUGGAUAUCUCCAACUUUACUCCCGAUAAAUUCAGACAUGCAUCAUUGUCGGAGUUGUCUCCUCCAGAAACACCCAAUUUAUCACCUCAAGUUAUUGGUCGUGAGAUGAAGAUGGCUGGGAAGGUCAGUGACCUCCAGGAUGGGGCAAAAAGUUCAUGCACCAAAGACAUGGACUGGAACUGCAACGUGAUAGAGAGGCAAGAUUUGACUAGAUAUUCAUUGGAUGAUCAGGAGUAUCGGUUGCACAUUUUUAAUGGUAAAGACAACUCAAGCCUGGGGACGAAAGAGGAGAAUCAAGCGAAAUGUGAUGGUGAUAUGAGUGCAAUGAAGGGGACCAAGUCAAAGAGGAAAAAUACCACCAAACAAUCUACAGGUCAGUGUACCAAAAAAAGCAAAGCCCCAAGAGCUCCUAAGUCAGAGAAGGGCAAAAGUCCAUGUCAGGCUUCACGGGCAUCUAAAAAGUUAAAGGCUUUAUUGGAUGAGAAGGGUGGUAAAGGCCAGAUUGAGGGUUCAGCUCAUCCCCCAAAAGACGGCGGCUCUGAGGAAUGGACAGGAGUAGGUUGGUCAGAAGGCAAAAUUCAAGUCCAUGAUGAGCAACGAGAGUUUGAAGAGCCAUCCAACAUCUUAUCAAAUAUUGUCUCAGGGAUGGCAGAGGUGCAAAGAUUCAUGAUGGCCCCCAUUGAGCCAAUAUGGGGCCCUUCAGCAAAUAUCUGCCUGCCUUCAGAUGCAAACAGCCUAAAGUUAAAAACUCUCAAAAUCCUAGCAGGAACUUCCUCUGACCCGAAGAAGAAAGGCACUGUUGCGACCACAGGGGGCACGAAAGGCAAAAAGACUGGGACAAAAAAUGGCAAAAACCAGGCCAAGUUGAAUGGCUCCCUUCCCUUUUUCCCUCAGUUGGCUUUGGGCUGUAACAUGUUUGACAAGUCUAACCUUGCCGUUCCUGGCAUAAAUGGGCCUGCACACAAAAAGAUGUACCGUCACAAAACGAGUGCAAAAUUCCCUCGCAUUGAAAAUCUAAAGAGCACACGACCUGAACGCGAGCCAAAUAAGGACAUAUCAUUAAUGGCUUCUUUUGAGAAACUGAGGUAAUAUUUUUUAUCUAGCUGCUCAUGCACGUUCCUCACUUUUCCCAAUUCCUCUUGUGUUCCUGACAUACCUACACUGACUUUAAAGCAUGGAAUUAUGUUAUUCUUUAAGUAUCCCAUUUUUGCCCCUGAUGAGGAUAUUGAUAUCUUGCAUGAUAAACUUCUUGUACUCGCAAACUACCUAUUGACUUGAUUUUAACUGACCAUGGCUGCAUUUUUCUUCUGCAUUGUUUUUUUUUUUGUUAUUUUUCUUGCAGUUGUUGAUUAGUUUUUCGUCUGAAGAAAAACUUUGCUAAGUGCAAAUUCUUUUUUGGACUUUUUCGUUCUUUUCUUAGUGAAUCUUGCUGCCCUGAUGUAAUUAUAUUUCUUUCUUCAAAUAUGUAGCUAUUUAAAAAUUCUUUGUGUGAAUUAAGCAAGAUUAUGUAUGCAGACACAAAUGCCCUCUCCUCCAUUUUUACUGUUUUACUGCCUGAUGUUUUUUAAGUGGGAAAUGCUCAGCCCCUUGUUCAGGAUAACCUGCGUCCUUGGUAGCCUGCUAAACAUCAAUAGCACAUAAUGGGAACAUUUUGUAUUGAAGACAUAUCAUAUUAACAUUGUUCUAUUUACUUACUUACUGUUGGAAUGUACUUAUCAUUUUCUCUCUACUAUGCUUUUACAGGAGUUGUAAUGCCAUGGAAAUCUCAAAAUGCUUCAUUCUCAAAAUGCUGUCUUUUUCUUUUACCUAAGUAAUAAUAAUAAUGAUGAUGAUGAUGAUUGACUAGAAUAAUACAUUAUCAUUAUUAUUAUUAUUAUUUAGUGCCACUGUACAGAAAUGCACCUAUGAAAGCAAAACACGAUUUCCAUCAGUGUGCCAAAUGCAAACUCUCUGCACAUUUUUUCUUUACAAAUACUGUAUAUUGGUUAUUCCAUUAACUGUCCUGAUGAAUGCUGGCUGUUCUAUUUCAUGACCCAUCAAGAGCUGACAUUUAUUUCUGGUUAGUAUUUUGUUUUCUUCUGGGACCCUAUAGUUUGAACAGCACCUGCAGCUGACAGUGGUACAACCACUCAACCAAAAGAACUAGACUUUGGCACUGUUUACAGUUACACCUGAUAGUUUUGGUCGAUUGGAUAACAAGUGGAUGACACUAUACAGGAGUAUGUAUAGGUAUUUGUUUCAGAGUUCAGUUUAGCCAUUAAUCAGACCAAUAAACAAACAAGGACCGAAAGUUAAGUUCUGUCCAGACGCAAAUCGCGGCAGAUGAAACCGUUUAUAGGUAAUGUUUUUAUCAAUCCUGACUUCUAGUGUGAACCCACAGUGUUCGAUACGGUCAUUGAUAAAAUUAAAGCAGCUGCUCUCCACCUCUUUACCAAGAUUAAAACUAAGAUGCAAAGAUGAAACUUGGAAAGAGAACAUGGAUAAUAGAGGACGGCAUCUGUCUGGUAUAAGCGAAUAAUUCAUAUACUUAGGUUCUGGAAUCAAACAUUGUUUUGAUGUAUUUAAGGAUAACACUUCAGAUGGACAGAACAUCUGUAAAGGGAUGCCAUCCAUUCAGCCUUGUAGAGAACGUGUUUAGUACACUUUUUGUGUAUCCAUAUCUGAACUGCCUGUCCGUAUAGGUCUUAAUAUGUUUCAAGUAAAUUCCUGUAGUAAGAAUCAAACCUUUGAUAGACUCCGCACCUUUGGUCACGUCGCUCAAAGUCCAUAUAAUUUCAUGAAGAUUUCUGUGAACAGCAAACUUUUGUAAAUAUGCUCAUAAAGCGGUAAAAAUUAAAUGAUAUUAUUAUUAUUUUGUGGGCUGAAGUGACAUUUCAAGCAUUUUAUCUGCCAUUAAAGAGUUCAAAAAUAAGUGUGCAGUUAAGAAGACUUCUAAAACUGUGAAUUAGAUUUGAGGCAAGUCAUUAAAAAAGAAGUAAAAAAUAUAACAUGACUCUUACUAUGUUUGGUUUGUAAUGUUUAAACAGGCAGGGCUAAUGGAAAGGUCAUUUAUAUUUGACAAGAGAAACAACUGAUUUUCUGUUGAUAGUUGCUGACUUGUUUUGGUCAGCUUGGUAUAUUUUGUUUAAUUUAUCAUCAUAUUAGUGGUACUUAUACUGUAUAAUGACCACAUUAGCCAUAUACAAAUAUAGUUAUCAUCACUAUACUCAAAAUGUACCUAAAAAACCAAAUCAGUCCUUUGAAGAUGCACUGAAUACGUCAUUGGCAUUAACCACAAAAUAUAGUAGAUGACACGUUUUAUUUAAUAGAGACUAUCUCAGGUAAAGUAUUGCCUUACCGAAAGCUUUUACCUUACAAAGUUUCAGUCUGUCCCCUUCUGCCUGUACAGCCGGCCAUGUUUAGGACCAGGAUGAAACUUAUGAGAAAACUGCACAUGGCCCGUCUCGUCUGCCUUCUCUCAUUUCUGCCUGUCGUCAACUGAAUGUACUUCAAGCUUUUUACUGUGUGCCACUGUUAAGCUGCCUCCUCCUACUGGUGCUAAGAGGGUAAUUUUAUUCUCCCACAAAUUAUGAAACAAGGAAUAAUCGAAAAGAAAAACCCUGUUCCUCUCUUUAUGAAUGUACAAUAUAUGCUUCGGUUUGAUGUAUUCAUAACAUGAUUCUUUGUCAUUAAUUGGAAUAGCUUUUGCCUUUUUUGUUGGAGAAAUAAUUAAGCUUUAUAAAUAUUGUCUAGAGUUGAUACCUUAAGGGAUUCUUAAUUAACUCUCGACAUUACAAAAAUAUUGUAUAUUUUUCUCUGUGCCAAUUUGUAAGAUAUUUUGUAAGUGUAUAUUUUUCUUAGAAAGUGCUGUGAAGUAUUAGUGUGUAUGUGUGUGUGUGUGUGUGAGAGAGAGAGAGAGAGAAACCUUUUUUGUGCCUCUGUAGGCAGUGAAAAGGAUGUAUAAUGACUCGUUUUUUGGUUUUAAAAACCAAAAUUUUGAGAAAAACUUAUUAUAAAGAAACACAAGGAAAAAUCUACAUUUUGUGGCAAGUUUUGUAAGAGGAAAUUAUCUUGUUGUGAGAGUGUUGUUGUAUUAUUGUGCAAAACACAUAUAGGCAGAAAAGAUCGAGAAAAAAUUUGUGAACUAUUUGCCGUUUUAUAGAUUUUCAUGUAAAUUAUUCUUGUAUUAUUUUAUGUUGUAUCUGUUGCAAAGGUUUUAAAUAUUUGUGAUCAAGCCUGUAUGGUGAAAUGUAAUAUUGGUAACUUGCUGAGUUUUGUAAUAAUGUUUAUGGAGUACAUAUACAAAUUAAAAUGAAAUUUUGAAUGCU